AUGCCCUUACCCUCCCCAGAACUGGACGAGGCGUGGAAUCGCAUCUCCAUCGCAGGCACGGGGGGGUUGAGAAACUCGAGGGACGACCUGUCGCGUCUCAACAAGACAGCCGACGCGGACAUCACGGCCGGUUUCGGCGACGGCACGGACAAUGUACAGGUUUUGCUGCAAGUCUUCCAUCAGCUUCGCUGCCUGAAUCAGAUCCACAAGCACACCUGGCCCGAUUACUACACGUUCAAGGCGCCACCCAACGGAGACCCUGCUGCUGAUUUCAGCACUUUGCACACUUGCCAGAACUUUUCCAAGAUUCAAAAGUAUGUCGAGGACCACGCGGAGCUCUGGGGCGUCUGGGCCUUGCAACAGUAG